GAGGACUAAAUUUCUUUCAAGGUUCCUUCCCCUUUCCCUCGAAUUUGCUUUGCCUACAAUUAAUUAUUUAAUUUAAUUUCAUCACCCUUUAUUUAAAUUUUCUCUCUCCACCUCUAUUCAUAUAUAAGAACAAAGACCCACUCUUCUCUUCUUAUCUUCUUACCACUUCACUUGAGAAAAUACAGAGAAAACAAAGAACUACAUUAGAACUUUCAAGCAAAAAAAAUCUUACAAAAAAAAAAAAAAAAAAAAAAAAUGCAAGUAGUCAGCAAAAUUGAGCAACCCAAUUCAUCUUCUUCAUCACCCAUUUCGCCCAAAAAUGAUUUGAUGGAAAAUAUCACAACUUUUUUGGAAAAAGGCAAAGAAUCUGCUAAUCAGAUUCGAAGCUUCAUUAAUGAACGGCUAGGAUUGAAAGCUGAAGAUCGUGAGGCUUUAGAUCAUCAUUCCUGGAUGACUUUGAAUUCUUUUGAAGCUGUUCUUUCUAUUUUGAACGCUUCUGAUUUUGAUCAGGAUGAUCAAGUUUUGAUCAAGAAGCGUAAAUUUGAAUUGGAAUGUCCUGAUCAGUCUAAGUCUGAGGAUAACAUUGGUGGUGGAAAUGUUGUUUCUAAAGAAAGAAGAGGAUGCUACAAAAGGAGGAAGACUGGCCAAUCAAUCAUUUUGGAGGUUAACAAUCUAACUGAUGAUGGUCAUGCUUGGAGGAAAUAUGGGCAAAAAGGAAUCCUCAACACAAUUUACCCAAGGAAUUAUUACAGAUGCACCCACAAAAUUGAUCAAAAUUGCCAAGCACUUAAACAAGUCCAACAAAUCUCAGAAAACCCCACAAAAUACAAGAUCAUCUACCAAGGUCAACACACAUGCAAAACCCCCCACAAAACCCCUUCAAUCAUAAUAGAUGAUUCCCUUGAACAAAACUCCUUUUUUUUGAGCUUUGAGACAAACAACCACCUAGUAGCCAAACAUGCCCUUAACCCUACCUUAUUCCCCAAAUCAACCUUCCAUGCUAAUACUACCAUGGUUAAACAGGAGUACACUCCCAUCAAGGUAGAGUCACCGCCUUCGCUUAUCACCCAUGAUCCUCAUUCAGGGGCAACGACCAUCAACCAGAACUCACCAACCUCUGACAUAACAAGCAUAGGUUUUCCAUCAACCCCUGUUUCCGAGCAGGGCGAUGUGAACUCGUCUUUGGCGCCCGAGGUUCACGCCUCUACGGCUGAAUCCUACGACGAUAUGGAUUGGAUCAACGAGAUAUACGCCAUGGAUCAAUAUACUUCUCUUGAUGGAUUGUUGGAUAACUUAUGAGCAUAAAUAUUGCUUUUUUUUUUUUUUUUUUUUUUUUUGUAGUAGAUUUUAUGUAGACAUGAUGUAACUAUGUAAGUUUAAGUCCACAAAUUUCAUCUAGCUAGAAUUAUUUACCUAGCUAUAUAUUUUAAUUUUUCCUUUUUUUUCUUACCAUGUAUAUUAUCUAAGAAUAGUCUAUAAGAUUAAGGAGUGGAGGACAUUAAGUACUUUGCACUUAUUGUGCUAACUAGUGUAAGAUAGUUUCACCUCAAUAUGUAUGUUGGUAGAAUGUGCCAAGUUUUGUGAGGUGCUAUGUUUCCUAGUGUUUUUCAUUAAUUGAUAGCGUAAAAUUAAUUAA